AUGGCGACAAUAGUGUUGUCGCCGCUGCGCAUGGUCCUCUGUGCAGUGUUCCUUUUCACAGCGCAUGUCUAUGCUGCAUCGGCAGUGCUAGGUAUCGACCUGGGCACGGAAUAUAUCAAAGCUGCCCUGGUCAAGCCUGGAAUUCCUCUGGAUAUUGUCCUUACCAAGGACUCGCGACGAAAAGAGAUCUCGGCUGUCACUUUCAAGCCCCCACAAGGUGGCGCAAAGAAGGGCGAAUUUCCCGAACGCCUCUACGGCUCUGACGCCGUUGCCCUGUCCGCCCGUUUCCCCGGCGAUGUCUACCCGAACCUCAAGACCAUCCUCGGCCUCCCCGUCGACAGCCCCGCUGUCCAAGAGUACGCCGCCCGGCACCCUGCCCUGCAGCUCGAGAGCCACAAGGUCAAGAACACUGCCGCGUUCAAGAGCAAGGAUGCAUUCACACCCGAGGAGCAGGCGUGGCUGGUAGAGGAGCUGCUAGCCAUGGAGCUGCAGAGCAUCCAGAAGAAUGCCGAGAACAUGGCGGGCUCUGGCACCUCCGUCCGCUCCGUCGUCCUCACCGUUCCGGCAUUCUACACCAUCGAAGAAAAGCGAGCUGUCGAGACGGCCGUUGAGCUAGCCGGCCUGAAGACGCUGUCCCUGAUCAGUGACGGGCUGGCCGUUGGUGUGAACUAUGCGUCGAGCCGGACAUUCCCCAACAUCAACGAGGGUGGGAAGCCGGAGCACCACAUGGUCUUCGACAUGGGCGCGGGCUCCACCAAGGCGACCAUCCUUAAGAUGCAGGGUCGCACUGUCAAGGAUAUCGGCAAGUUCAACAAGACGGUCCAAGAGGUCCUUGUUCUGGGCAGCGGGUGGGAUCGAUCCCUCGGAGGCGACGCCCUGAACGCCGUCAUCGUGGACGACAUGGUUGAGAAGUUUGUCCAGACAUCCGGCGCCAAAAAGGUCGGAGCAACAGUCGAAGGUGUCAAGGCACACGGCAGAGCCGUAGCGAAGCUGUCCAAGGACGCCGAGCGACUGCGACAUAUCCUCAGCGCCAAUCAGAACAGUCAGUCUAGCUUCGAGGGUCUGUACGAGGACGUCGACUUCAAGUACAAGAUCACACGUGCAGACUUCGAGGCUUUGGCCGAGGCGCACGCCUCCAGAGUUGGUGCUGCAAUCCAGGGCGCCCUCGACAUGGCUGGCCUAAAGGUUGGGGACCUCGACUCGGUCAUUCUCCACGGUGGAGCUACGAGAACGCCCUUCGUGCAGAAGGAGCUUGAGAAGGUAUUUGGCACCGGCGACAAGAUUCGCACCAACGUCAACUCGGAUGAAUCGGCCGUCUUUGGUGCCGGUCUGCGCGCAGCCGAGCUCAGCCCCAGCUUCCGCGUCAAGGAGAUCCGGAUUUCUGAAGGUGCAGCCUAUCCCGCUGGUAUCAAAUGGGUGGAUGACAAGGGCAAGGCUCGUCACCAGCGUCUCUGGACCACCACCUCCCACCUCGGUGCAACGGCAAAGGAGGUCACCUUCAACAACAAGGAUGACUUCUCUGUCGAGUUCUACCAGGAGACCCCUGCCCUAGCCGCUGAUGUUACGCCGGGUGUCGAGGAGAAGGCCACCAAGACCUUCAACACCAAGAAUCUGACCGAGACUGUGGCUUCUAUGAAGGAGAAGUAUUCUUGCGAGCCUAGUGACGUCCAAUUCAAGUUUGGUGUGCGCCUCUCCGGCGAAAACGGCGAGGUCGAGGUUACUCAGGCCUACGUGGAGUGUGAGGCCGAGGUUAUGGAGAAAGAGAGCUUGAUUGAUGGAGUUAAGAACAUGUUCGGAUUUGGGAAGAAGGAUGAGCAGAAACCCCUUGCCGACGGCGAGUCUUCCGAAUCUACGGAGGAUGCCUCCACGGAGUCUGCCGAGUCUUCCAGCUCGACCACAUCGACCGAUACCACGGAGUCUACAUCAUCCACCAGCUCAACUGCCUCUUCGGAAAUGACCACCGAGGCCGCUGAGGCCAAAGAAGGCAAGAAGACCAAGAAGAUUGUCACCGUCCCCGUCAAAUUCGAACUGGAGAAGUCAGGCAGUGCCCAACUCGACAAGCUUGAUGUUCUCCAGUCCAAGGACCGCCUGAAGGCCUUUGAGCAAUCCGACAAACUCCGUCGGCAGCGCGAAGAAGCCUUGAAUCAGCUCGAGGGCUUCACAUACAAAAUCCGGGACCUGCUCGACAGCGAGUCCUUUAUCGCCGCGUCCACUGAUAAGGAGCGGAAAGCGCUUGAACAGAAGGGCAGUGAAGCUAGUGACUGGCUUUACGGUGACGGCGCGGACGCCUCUAAAGAUGAGCUGAAGAAGCGAAUCAAGGGGUUGCAGGACAUCGUAACUCCCAUCCAGAACCGCAUUGAGGAGUCUACCGAACGGCCGAAGCUUCUGGAGGGCCUUAAGAAAGCGCUCAAGCAGACGGAUGAGUUUGUGAAGGAUAUCAAGCAGAAAAUUGCUGAGGCAGAGGCCUGGACAUCGUCACAAUCAGCAUCGGCCACCGCUUCAUCUGAAUCUUCUACCGUUACAGCCGCGCCAUCCGACGAUUUCGCGGACCUGGAAGACGACUCGACUACGUCAACCACCAAGUCUCCCACCAUGGAGGACGUCGUCAAGGAUCGCGGCCCAGUACCUCCACUAUACACUCUGGAGGACCUGAAAGAGACUGAGGACCUUUUCGCCAAGAUCACGGCGUGGCUUGAGAAGAAGGAGCCCGCUCAAGAGAAGCUCGGUGCUACGGAUGACCCUGUCCUGACAGUCAAGUCCCUCAAGGAGUGGCGCGAGAAGCUUGACAAGGCGGGUCAGGACCUGGCCCUGAAGAGCGUGAACAACUUCAAGAAGAACAAGAAGUCUAGCUCUAAGUCCAAGAAGCCCAAGGCGACCAAGUCCAAGGCGUCCGCGGGCUCCGAGCAGACGAUCGAGAUCGGCAAGGACGGCCAGAUGCCAAGCGAUGAGGAACUCGAGGCGAUGAUCAAGAAGUUCACAGAGGAGGCUGCUGCAAGAGAGGCGGCGGAGAAGAACGAGGAGACGGGCAGUGAGGAGAAGACGAAGGAUAGCGACGAGCAUAAGCGGGAUGAGCUGUGA